AUGAAUAUUCUUCAACUAAUCGAAUUAACAGAUGAUAUGAUGAAUUUAGCUCAUGAUCAAUUUUAUGACUUCAUAGAAACUGCUCUGAAUAAAGAUAUAUGCGAGCUUUUUCGAUUACAAUCUAUUCAAGAAAUGUCUCCUUUAUCAUCCACAACAGUAGAUGAAUUAACAGAAAUACUUAGUUAUGACAUUGUGGAAUUAAGUUCUAUUAAAAGAAUACUUGGCUUUGUAUCAACAGAUGGGAAAUUUCAUCUUCGAAUUGGGUUUAGAAUCCCACUUGAACGUUUAAUUUCAUUAGUGAAAUCUAAAACAAAUUCUUAUCUAAAAAAUUAUGAGCCAAAAUGUAACCAUUUAGAAUAUGAUAUAUUAGGUAAAUUAACAGAAAUUUGGAGGCAAGGACCUAUGUCAUCCAAUAUAAACGACAUUCCAAUACUCAUUCCUUGGAUAAAAAAUAUUUUUGAAAAUUUUAAACAGCAAAAGAAUAGAUUUAGUUAUGAUAAUCAUAUUCAACAAUUCGCUCUAUUAUUAUUUAUUCUUGGUGGCAGAAAUUGCUAUGAAUUUCUUCGAUUGAAUUUACCUGCUGCUUUACCUCAUGUAUCUAAUAUUGAAUUACUGAUGAGAAACAAUGAACAAAGAAUAAUUGAAUGUGAAUUUCGUUUUCAGCUGAUAAAAGAAUAUUGUCAAUCUAACAAUUGUAAUUAUGUGUUUUCGUCUGAAGAUUCUACUCGAUGUAUUUCUCGUAUUGAUUAUGAUGCACAAUCGGAUAAUUUUAUUGGUUUUUCUUCAUGUUUAGUUAAUGGAUUAGCACAGCAGAAUUUUUUCCAGACGAAUAAAUUCGACGAAUUGAAGCUGUGGUUUGAUACAUUUGAUAAAUCGACAUCUAUUAAUCUUCAUAUGAUACAAUCUAUAGUGUCAUCCCCUUCCCCAUUCAUUUUAUCCACUUAUGGGUCAAAUAACAAGUCUACUGCAACUGAUGUAUUAAAAAGAUGGUUAUAUAUCUAUAAUCAAUGUUUAUAUCAAGGUAUCCGGGUCAUAGGCUUUAGUAGUGAUUGUGACGCUCGUUAUCUUAGAGCAAUGCGAUUAUGCACUCGGUUUUUUGCACAGCUACCUAACUUAAAUCUUCUUCAACAGAGAGAUGAUUUUCAUUUACAGAUACCUGAGCAGUGGUCUUGGUUUUUUAUGAGCGGUCAACAAAUUUGA